AUGGCCAUGGACGACUCUGAAAGUGAAGGGAAAUGGGCCUUUGUGUCCACUAAGGACCUGUUGCUGAGUCCACGCCAUGAACAGGCCAAGCGGAUCCAGGAAAGAGCUCGCAUGAAGGCCCGCUCUUACCCACUCAAGGCCGACCACACCAUCCUACCCGUCCAGAGGGACAACCCGGAGCCUUACUCUAGGCCCGGUGUACCUCUGCACUGGCCGUAUCUGGCGGGGAAAGACGGAGUGUCCGUUUGCAUUCGUACUUCCUUGUCGGGGAACCACGGCGAUUCCUCUCGAACGGACUCCGUUUGCCCCCCCAGGCGAUGGCCCGGUCCGUCUCCGACGCGGGUGCGUUUCGAAGACGAAAGUGAAACCGAAGCGGAGAUCCGCUACCUGGAGAGACUGAGGCAGAGGGCGGGAGAGAGGCCUCCGGCGCUGCUCGUGGCAAAGCCCCAUUUGUCUUCUUUCGUCAACAAGACGAACGAGCCCACAGGAGCCGCGAAUGGAAUAUCAACCGACAGAGGAUGUUGCCCUGAGGGUGGUGCUGUAUGGCUUAGGAAGCCCCACGGUGCUCAGGGGAGCUUCAGGAGUGGGAUGUCGAGCCAUUACAAAACUCGAAUGCCGCAGGAUGUGUUAGGAAGACAGUGCAAAUCAUGUGGGACCCUCCUAACCGCAGAGGUCACCCACCACAACUUCAAUCCGAACCCUCCCCCCCAGAACUUGCAUCUCUAUCGCACUCCUCCCGACCCCCCGGUCGGGCCUGCGAAUGGCGUGGCCGACGGCGUGCCGUGCUGGGUGCACUCCGAACGCAUAAAGGAGACGUAUAUCGGCACAGUGGUUCCUGCCGCUAAGGGGGACGGCGACAGUGUGCGUAGAGGUUCAGAGGACGCCACGACAGGGAGUGGAGGCAAAGCUUGUGGUUUCCGUAUCUCUAAGAUGCGGGUGAAGAGGUGCAGCCAAAAGGGAGAGCGAGCGGGCACCCACAGACCUACAGUGCCUGUGGCACCCGACGACGACCGCGUGUCGCCGCCUGCCUCGACCAAUGGCACAGUGGCGCUACCACCCAACCCAUAUGCCUUGGAGCAGGCUGUGGAACUGCCUGUUCUAACCCCAUAUCUGGUGUCCUCGGUCAAAGAAGCCAGAACCUUGGGAACACCCAAGAGCAACCCCUCUUCCCCACUCCGUAUCAAAUCGGCGUUCAAAUCGGGUCUCAGGAGCCAGUGCAAUGGCCAGCAAGCGGCGAGGAAGGCCCUGGAGGUCCAGGAGAGAGGUGUCAUAGCCAGUCGUCAGGAGGGACUCUGUGUUGAGGGAGGUCACGGGGAUGUCACGGAGGUUUGUGUCUCUUCCGAGCCCACUUCUUGCAGCGUAGGGAUGGCCUCUUGCAUCGACCCCGCUGUCCCAAAACACUCUUCAUCUCCCGCCCGAACCACAGGACAGCACAGUGACACCGCUCACCUCGCAUCAGCCGAGCGUUUGGGUAUGGAAGAGCACUGUCUAAAAGAGGUGGACAACAGACCAUCAGCGUACCACUGUGCUGGGGACGGAAGUGACAGAGGGCACACGGGAGCAGAGAUGCAGAGGGAGGACGCUCGCAGUCCUGUUGAGUCAGGGAAAGAUGCAGAUCUGAAACUGGGACAUUCCAAACUGUCACUGAAGCGCUUUUUCUCGGCCUUUGGCCUCAACGGUGUGGGGACUCUGAGUAAAGGGCGUUCCAGGAGUUUGGAGCAGUUGAGCUUCCAGCCCAGUAACAACCCGACCUCCAUCAGUCCCUCCCACAGCCCCUGCCCCAAACCCAGCCCCGCGCGUCCUCCGGACACCAGACAGCUGAGGAAAGCCCCCUCACUCCAGUCCCUUCGCUUGGGGUCACCAUUUCUACAGAUGAGGAAAUCGUCAUCGAUCCAGAAUUUACAGAUGCCGAAAAGGAACAGAGAUCGAUCCAGUGCAUACAUUCCUGGGGAUCUGUCUGGCAGCCCUAUUCUCAGCAAAGACCUCCACAGGCCUCUCAGCGUCGAGGACGUAGGCUGCCCCAGUGAGGUGCGCUCCGUGGGGAGGGUGGCCCAGGCCUUCCCUGAUGGGACUCUACUGCUGGAGCUCAACAGACCGUCCGACGGACCCUUUGGUUUCCUUAUUUCCCGGGGAAAAGGACGGCCAGACUCAGGUGUGUACGUGGAAGAAAUGUUCGACAGCAACACUGAGAAGCUAUACACGGGGCUCCUAGGUAUUGGAGAUGAGAUCCUGGAGGUGAACCAAGAGAAGGUGGCUGGUCUGAGUCUGGACCUGGUGACACAGCUCAUGACCAAAGACAACAUAGCAUCCGUCCGUGUGCUACGUCACCGGAAAGCCCCUCCCCACUAGCCCGUAAUGAGAAUAUGAAUACGAAUCAUGUGUUUAUUGAGCAGACACUUUUAUCCAAAGUGACUUGCAGGGGUGGAUUGAAUCUGUGAGCUCUUGAUCUACAGUCAAAUGUUUUACUACUGAGUUAUACCCAAGAACAAUGUCCGCACAAGGCAACUUUGAGCAGAAAACUAUUUAAUCAUGAAAAGCUGCUGCAUUAUAAUCCAACCAGCACAGGUUUAUUUUUUACUUUCUAUUAUCACGCCAUUUGCUCGAAAUGACAACUGCGAAGUAUAUCUUGAGUUUGGGUACUCAUCAAGAGAACAACUUUCACCAAGCAAUAACAAUAUCUACCUUUUUUCCUCCACAGUCAAAAGGACGAUUGUGGUACGGACUAUUUGAUACAUAAUAAGGAUGCUAAAAGGGCAUUUCUUUUGGAUAAACUGUAUGCAAUCUAAUAGUCUUCCUAUUGUGUCAACUGCUUUAGUCAAAGAGCAGAUAUAGAUCAUGCAUGAGCGUUGAUUCAACAAAAUUGUAAAGAGAUUAUAAACCAAUUACUCCCGCACUCCUAUGUUAGAAGUAUACUAGUCUUUAAUAGGUGCCCUUUCAGGGAAUUUAAAUAUCUUUAUUGAGAUAUCUUGGUCAGGUAAAUGUUUAAGACAAAUCUCUGGCCCACAGCAUUGAGGUACUGCUGUAGGUGAUUUGUAUGAGCCAAACAAUACACUGAAAUUCAAUGCAAAAGGCAGGCAACAAGGCCAUUAAAGGUCAUAUCAACUCCAAAGGAUGAGGGAAAAUGGCUUUGCCACAAUCAGACCUAUCAUGUAAGUCUUUUGGAACAUCCUAACAUCAAAGACAAUCAUCAAAAAAUGUAUGUACCAAUGUAGGCCUACUAAUACAGGAGAAGUGUUUGGAAAGAUUUGAAACUUUCAUUACACCUUUUCCCAUUAAAGACUUUACAAUGAGUAUGGUAUAGCAGUGUAUCCUAUUGACUUAAGGGAUCAUCCACUUUCUGUUCUGCUAGUCUGCUUGCUAAAUAAAAUCUAUAUUUAUUUUAUUGUACAUUAAGUGUUUCACUCUUG